GCUACACACAGGUUCACGUGAGGCUUGCAUUUGUACAGAGAGCGAAAGCGAUGACCUCCGCUGGUCUCCAGAUUCUGGGCAUCGUCCUGGCUCUUAUCGGUUGGCUAGGGGACAUUGUCAUCUGUGCGUUCCCCAUGUGGAAGGUGACUGCUUUCAUAGGCAACAACAUUGUGACAGCGCAGAUGUUCUGGGAAGGCCUGUGGAUAAACUGCAUGACGCAGAGCACAGGCCAGACGCAGUGUAAAGUCUACGAUUCCAUGCUAGUGCUCCCUCAGGACCUCCAGGCCGCCAGAUCUCUGGUGAUCAUCUCCAUCCUCGUGGCCCUGAUCGGCAUCCUGCUCUCCAUGGCAGGGGGAAGUGCACAACCUGCGGUCGAGGAGGCCAAGUCUAAGGUGGCCAUUGCAUCUGACAUGUUUUUCCUGGUCUCUGGCGUCCUCUGCCUGAUCCCCGUGUCCUGGUCAUCCAACAUCAUUAUCAGGGACUUCUACAACCCGCUGCUCACCGACCCGCAGAGGAGAGAGCUGGGAGCUUCACUGUUCAUCGGAUGGGGCUCUGCUGGCCUAAUGCUCAUCGGAGGCGCACUUCUCUGCUGCCAGUCUCCCCAGCGUGAGGAGAGUGUGUACUCUACCAAAUAUUCUGCCCCUCGCUUCACUGCCAGUGGAAGGGCCCAUGUCUGACAGAUUAACACUUACAUUGAACCGUGUUUUAAUAUGGACAUUUCAUGCUUGUGUAGUCUGAACGUGGGUAAAUCUGUUUCUCAACACUUGACUAGGAUGAUUUGAAUAUUUUAGCUUAACAGCUUCAUUGCUUUAAUAAAUUAUAUUUUAAUGCUUAUCAUUCGUUCUUGAAUUGUAACAUUUGAAGAAUUUUAGGCUAGGUCUCAUGGUAUAGUUAACUUGCGUGUCUGUCACAAUCUGCUCAUGGUCAACUCCAAUCGGCCUAUUAGGCGACAGUAUACUAAUCCCCCCCCAAAGCAGACAAAUGUAAGUAGGCAACUCAAUGGUUCUGUGGCGUUAUUUGUUGUGCAGACUUGACAGAACCACACCGGCGACAACUUUUCUGUAUCUUUACUCAAUGAGCACAGUGCUUAAAAGUAACUGCAAGUACAACUCAUACAGACAAACUAUACUUGUGCCUAUUAGUUCAAGUAAAAGUGAAAAGAGUUUGCAGUCUAACAUAAAAAAAGUUAAAAUUUUCUGCUUUGACAAUUUCUCAGAUUGCACUCAAUUCAAUGUGAUAAGGAUGUACAUCUGUCUGCUAUAAAAUGGUAUCUGUUCUCUAAAUCAAAUGGACACGAUGUGACUGUCUUGAAUACAAAGGGUGAACUGGUACAAUUUCCUCCUGAGUCAGUAACAGGGCUUUGGGUGACAUGUCAGUUUGAAUUGAACUUGAACUUUGAGGCAGAAUUUAAAUUACUUACGCUCCAUUAGCUAGCCCUUCAUCUGACAUAAAUGU